ACGACGAACUUUAGUCGUCUGGUGACAGCGAGGCAAGCGCCACGUAUGCACACGUGCCAUUUGGUCGCGAUAUUAUAUAAUUAAAGUUUUGUGUUUAUUUAUCAUUAGGUAAAUCAAAUUUAAUGUUCAAUAAAGUAAAUAGCUACAUUUACUUUUUGUUAACGAAUAGGUACGUAAUUAAAACUCAAAAAUAUUACUUUAUUGUAUCGAAUAUUUUAGGUUAUCAACAUGACUGCAAGAAAGCGGACAAUGGACAUCAUUAACAAAGCGCUACACAGUUCCAACAUAGAAUUUCUGCCACGAAGAGUAUUAAAUUUUGACAUACCAGAGCCGGAUCAGGCAAACGUGUGGCCAUUGGAUCAUGAUAAAGUUGAAAAUGAUGAGCCCGUUAGUCAAUCGUUUAUAGACACAGAAGCCUUAGACUGCCAAACAGUAGCCCAAUCGUUGCCACGACCGUGUAUUACUGAAAUUGAAAUGUCAUUAUCAUCAACCCCUACAUUUUCUGCAACGGCAGAUCAUUUGCCAUCAACCAGUUUUGCGCCGGAACCAAAAAUGAAUAACAACGACACAUCGAAUCUUAAAAAAAAAACGUAAAGCGAAACUAAACAAGCAAUAUUUUGAUUACUAUUUAUCAGAUGAGGAAGAUUUUAGUACUAUUUUUGGAGGUGACAUUGAGUCGGAUGCGUAUAUACCUACUUCAGAUUCAUCAGAUUCAAAUAGUUUGAACAUUAAUUCUAAAC